AUUUUAUAGUUAUUUAUAUUUUUGUGUUGCAUUCAUAAGUAUAAUUAUUACUAUAACUAGUGGUCAACAGUACAAUCAAUACGAUAACCACAGAUACAAUGACAGAUAUAAUACCUAUAAUAACAGAGACAGGUAUGGAGACUCGGGAGAGGGUGGCCUACUAUACUAGAAGUUGUGAGGACACAUUCACCGAAAGGCAAAGGGAUGCCCGUAAUAGUAGUGCAUUGCAUUACUAUCGCGAUUGUCUGAGACGGGUAGUGGAGGACAGGUGUAGGGACACUAACCCAUUAAUAAUUGAUACGCUGAUGGGGUCCCGAAAACGGGAUUUAGACUAUUGUCCCGCUUAUACCCGGGACGAUAUAACGCCCGACAUUAUCAGUGGUCAGCAGUAUAAUCAAUACGAUAACCACAGGUAUAAUGACAGAGACAGGUAUGACAGGUAUGGACAGCGCGAUUAUUCCGGGAUUCUCAAUAUAACAACCGGUAUUAUGAUCGGGACAGACGGAUAUAGAGACUCCGGGAACAAUUUGCACGACGACCCCUGUAUACAAAAGGCCUUGUAUUACGUCAAGAAUUGUGAGAAUACACUCGUCGAUGACCAGAGGGAUGCCCGCACAGGUAGCCACCAUAAUGAUUGCAUUGUAUUCAUAUUACGAUUGCGUAAAUCUGGUGGCGAGGGACGAGUGCACAAACCCAUCGUCGGUAACAGUGGACAUACUUAUGGGGUCCCGGAAACGGGAUUUAAAUCAGGAAUGUAGGGAAUAUUCCCGGAGUCUGUGUUCCCACUCUUAUCGCCUUAAAUCCAC